AUGAGUGACCCCUCCUCCGUCCUCGUCUACGCCGAGGAGCUCACCUUUGACGACGAUGCCGGCACCCUGAGCGCCAACCUCCCUGAUACCGCAUCCUCGGAGAACCCCCCUCUCACAGUCAACCAGAUCAUCGCCAUCCUAUCGCCGUCACCGAGCGCGCAGCCCGUCGUCCUCGGCCUCAUCGAAGACGCCGACAACCAGGACGCUCCUUUACAGCUCGUCGCCAUCCAGACCUCCGGGGACAUCCCAGCGCAGCUCGCCUCAGUGCCGCGCGUCGCCCAGCUACCAACCCAUCUCGCCCACACCGCCAGUGUCGACUAUGUGCUGUCGACAAAAGCGGGCACAGGCCGCGCUGUGCCCUUCUGGGAAGCGGUGCUGCGGCCGCUGCUGCGUUUCGUUGCGCAGUCCCUCUCCCAAGACACGGAGCCGGGCCGCGUGGUGGUGACGGACAGCGACGACAGCGUCCGCGAGUACGCGCGCGGCGAGCAUAUCGCUGCCGCCUUGACGCCGCGCACCAUUGUGCUGCUCAGCGGCGACGGCGGCGUCGUGGACCUGCUCAACUCGUCGACGCCCGAUGCGGAGAGCACGCCGCUGCCGACAAUCGUCCUGAUACCGCUGGGCACGGGCAAUGCGCUCUUCAACUCGCUCCACAAGCCGCUCCUCACCGGCCCGUCCGAGCUGGUCCUCGCGCUGCGGACGCUGCUAGGCGGCGUGGCCACGCCGCUGCCCAUGUUCAAGGCCUCGUUCCCGCCCGGAUCGCGCACCGUCAAGUACUCGAGCAGGGACACGGCCGCAGAGACGCCCAGCGACGUCGCCGCCGCCGAGGCGCAGCUGCACCGCCAAGAGACCGAGGUCGGCGCCCUGUACGGCGGCAUCGUCGCGAGCUACGGCUUCCACGCCAGCAUCGUCUACGAGAGCGACACGCCCGCGUACCGGGCGCACGGCGCCGCGCGCUUCGGCAUGGUCGCGCAGGAGCUCCUCAAGACGUCGCACCCGUACACCGCGCAGAUUGCCAUCCGGCGGGCCGGCGGCGACGGGCUGGAGCGCAUCCCGCGCGACACGCACGCGUACGUGCUCAGCACGCUGGUGUCGAACCUGGAGCGGACCUUUACCAUCUCGCCCAAGAGCAGGCCGCUGGACGGCCAGCUGCGGCUGGUGCACUUUGCGCCGCUGGGGCCCGAGCGCACCAUGGAGGCCAUGAUGAAGGCGUACGACGACGGCAAGCACGUGGACGUCGCGUGGGACGACGGCCAGCGCAUCCACUACGACGACAUUGACGAGAUUACAAUUCAGGUGGAUGACGAGGACGAGCGGUGGAGGAAGGCGUGCAUCGAUGGCACGAUUGUCGAUAUCCCCAAGGGCGGCACGGUUCGUGUGCAGAGGGAGGAAAAAGAUCGGUUCAACAUUGUGGUGGAUUCACGCGUCAUUUAG